AUUUUCACGUAUACAAUUUAUUCUUUCCGGUUAAAAACGGCUUUAAAAAUGUAACUCCGGCGACGCCAUUUCAUUGACAUUCGUCUCACUCUCUCGGAGGUGCAGGAAGAAGAAAGACUUCGCCACCGCCACAUUUAGCGAUGAUCUUCUCUUUAGUUCCUUCUUCCCCUAUAAUCUGUUUCUCAAGGCCCGCAGCAGCGGCGAUCUCCACCUCUACGACUUCCCUCUCUCAAUCUCAAUAUUCCUUGGAAUCCACAUUCAUCCGCCGCGCCGCUGAGAUCGCCGAUAAAUCAGCCGGAUUCACAGCUCCACAUCCCAACUAUGGCUGUAUUGUCGCUACUCCUUCCGGCGCUGUUGCCGGGCAGGGCUUCCUCUUUGGGCAGGGCACCAAAUCGGCUGAAGUUCAGGCUGUGGAAGAAGCCGGUGAAUACUGCCGUGGAGGUACAGCGUUUCUUAAUCUGGAGCCCAGUGAAUGCGCCGGCGAUGACAUUGCUGUUUCUGCUUUGGUCCAGGCAGGGAUUAAAAGGGUAGUGGUUGGAAUGAAGCAUCCUUUACAACAUCUAAGAGGAAAUGCUGUGAGGGCUUUAAGAAGUCAAGGAGUUCAAGUUGAUGUUCUUGGAGAGGACUUACAGAGUAGAGACAUUGAGGAAGCUCAAAAAGCAUGCCUCCUUGUUAAUGCUCCAUUGAUUUGUAAAGCUGCUUCUCAAGUUCCUUUCUCUGUGCUUAAAUAUGCCAUGACCCUUGAUGGAAAAAUUGCUGCCACUACUGGUCAUUCAGCAUGGAUUAGUAGCGUUACAUCUCGACAUCGGGUUUCUGAAUUACGAGGAAGAAGCGAUGCUAUUGUAGUAGGAGGCAACACCAUAAGAAAGGAUGAUCCCAAACUAACUGCAAGACAUGGUGGUGGACAUACCCCUGUUCGUGUCGUGAUGUCAAGGACUCUUGAUCUUCCUGAAGAAGCAAAGGUUUGGGAUACAAGUAGUGUACCAACCAUGGUUUUGACACAAAGGGGGGCUACAAGAAGUUUCCAGAAACUUCUUGCAUCCAAAGGAGUUGAAGUUGUUGAGUUCGAUAAUCUAAACCCUCGAGAUGUAGUAGAAUAUUUUCAUGACCGAGGCUAUCUUUCGGUUUUGUGGGAGUGUGGAGGAACACUCGCAGCUUCAGCCAUUGCAUCUGGAAUAGUACAUAAGGUUUUUGCAUUUGUUGCUCCUAAGAUUAUUGGGGGAAGGAAUGCACCAUCUCCAGUUGGUGAACUUGGGAUGGUUGAGAUGACUCAAGCUUUGGAACUAAUUGAUGUUCAAUAUGAGAAGGUUGAGGAGGACAUGAUGAUCAGUGGAUUUCUUCAACCUAUAUCAGAUGUUGCUCCAAUUAUCCCAUCCCGCGAUGAAACCUUAGCAGUCGACCCAACCGUUGUUUCCUACGAACCGAGUAUAAUAUCCUUUUACAAUACAUGGGAUAAUUAUGGCGCUCUUUCGAACUUUUCACCUCACUCAAUUCAUAUCGUUGAUGAAAUUGGUGAUUAUAGUACUUGGAUGACUGUUGAGCACUACUAUCAGGCACACAAAUUCGUUGGGGUUGAUGAUCCUUCUGCUCAAGAAUGUGUGGAGAAAAUAAAAUCAGCGAGUAGUCCUGAGGAAGCAACAAGGAUUGCAAGGUUACUGCAGAAGCAACAUCCUGAUUUGGUGAGAUCUGAUUGGGAAACUGCCAAGUUUGAUGUUAUGUACAAAGCACUUAAAUGCAAAUUUUCGAGUUAUCCUGUUUUGAAAUCCAUGUUGCUAUCAACUGCCGGAUCUAUUCUAGUUGAAUCAUCACCUCAUGAUCUUGUUUGGGGCGGAGGCCGAUUUGGAGAAGGACUAAAUUAUCUGGGGAGGUUGUUGAUGAAACUCAGAGUCGAGUUCCUCAGUCCUUUGUGACGAUUUUGUUGAGAAGUUAAAAGCAUGUUUUAAUUAAUUAAAAUAAGUUGCAUACAAAAUUAAUGGUGCGUUUGGAUUGUUUAUAAAAGGAAUAUUUUUUUAAGGAUACAUUUUUCUAAAAACAUUUUUUA